AUGCCUAGCGUCAACAAUGACGGGCGCUCCUCCUCCACAAUUUGGUUCUCAAAGAGACUGAAGCGGAUUAAGACUCUCCUCCACCUCAAACCCGACCGCAAAUGCCGUGGCAUAGCCGAAUGCCGCACCGUCAUCGAAGGGCUCUGGAAUGAGUCAUUCCACACCAUCCUAGAGUCGAACGGAUGGCCCGAAAUGGUCAUCGAGCACCUCACCUUCAUAUCCGAGCUCCACAAGCUCGCGGCGCUGACCAAGAACGACUUCCCUGCCGCCAAAGAAGCCAUCAACAUCGCCCGCAUGGAGAGUGAAGCCGACGGGGGCCGUCUGACCGGCACGGUUGGCCAGAUCGCUCAGGAAGACGUGCGCCUGGCAAUUGUCCACGUCGUGCUCGAGCGUGAGAGGCCGGUCGGCCGUCCGGAUGGCCUCACCAAGGCCUUCAAAGUGAAGGACAAUAUGUUGGCGAAGAAGGACAGCGAGAUCCUUGAGCUUCAGCGCCGCGUCCAGGAGCUGGAUCAAGAGAAUAACGGUCUCCGGGACCAGAUCCGCCGCAUGGAGGAGAUCCGCCGCGCUGAGGAAGUCCGUCGCAUCGACAGCCCAAAUGGCGAAAUCGUCAUGAGUGACGCAUGCCGAGAAACAGAUGCUGCUGAAGCGGCUUUGCGAUGCCGGGGAAGAUCUAAUAGCAUCAAUGCAUUUUGA